GCAAAUACUUGCGGGAAGUGGAAAGGAGGAGGACUCGCUCUCUAUGUGAACACAAGGUGGUGCAACUCUGGACAUGUUAACGUCAAAAUCUCCACUUGCUGCAGGGACAUCAAACUGUUGGCUAUGAGUCUGCGUCCCUAUUACUUGCCCAGAGAGUUUGGACACGUCAUUGUUGUUAUUGUUUACAUCCCUCCUCGGGCGGACGUGGGAAUAGCGGGUGACAUCAUCCAUUCUGCUGUUGCUAAGUUACAAACGCAGCACCCUGAGGAGCUUGUGCUAAUCUCUGGAGACUUUAACCAUGUGACGCUGGACAAAACAUUACCUGCCUUCUCCCAGUAUGUGGACUGUAACACCCGGGGAAAUAAGACUAUUGACUUACUGUAUGCAAACGUUAAAGACGCAUACAGCGCCGCCCCGCUGCCUGUGCUUGGGAAAGCAGAUCAUAACCUGGUUCUGCUUCAGCCUCACUACAAACCAAGAGUGAGGGUCCUACCUACAACCACACGCUCAUUCAGGAAGUGGUCCCCUGAGGCAGAGCAGGCUCUGAGAGACUGCUUUGGAACUACAGACUGGGAUAUCCUGCAGGGAUCACAUAGUGAGAACAUUGAGGAGGUUGUUGACUGCACUACUGAGUACAUCAACUUCUGUAUGGACAUUGUAGUUCCAGUAAGAACUGUACACAGCUAUGCUAACAACAAGCCAUGGAUUACAAGUGACAUCAAGGGCCUUUUGAACCAGAAGAAAAGGGCUUUUAAAGGCGGAGAUCAGCAUGAGCUCAAGCGCGUGCAGAAGGAACUCAGAGUCCAGCUCAGGGCAGCAAAGGAGCAGUACAGGAGAAAGCUGGAGCAGAAGUUGUAGAAUAACAGCAUGAAGGAAGUGUGGGAUGGGAUGAAGAUCAUCACUGGCUGCAGCUUGAAGCGGGGUGCCACCAUCGAGAGAGACGUGAAGAGAGCAAAUCAGAUGAACAACUUCUUUAACAGGUUUGACCACCCUAACCCACUCUCACCUCGGAGUACUACACCCUCCACCCAUCAUUCUGCUGAUACCAGCAUAGGAGAGAGAUCCCCACCCACAA